AUGUCUGGCGGUCCUGUUCCCUACUGGAAGAAGUACACCACCCAGUCGAGGGGGAUCUGGGAGAAGUUGAGACAGCUCCUUGUGCUUGUCCCCAACAGAUCCCUGGGUAACCCCAUCGUCAAGCUCUACCGUUCGGUUCCCCCUGGUGCCCGGAUUAAGGAAGCUGAAGAAUAUUCGGAACCCGUCAGCGUUCCCGGCACCGACAUCAAGAACAACCCUUACUUCAAGAGAGACCACAGAAGAAACUACCCCCAGUUGAAGUCGUUCGACCAAACCUAUGUGUCGGGUCUUUUGCAAGUGGGGUCCGCGGCCCAGCCGAGAAUCUCCAUUGGUGACAAAGGUACUAAGGAAUUGUCGGUGUUCUUGGACCCGGCGAAGCCUGUGUCGUUGGCCACCACCUUGACCAACGUCCCCGCCAACGUUGUUCGUGGUGAAAUCUUGGGCGAGCAGGGCCAGCCCAUUGUGCCCCCUUCGUUGAACAAGUUCACCUGGAAGAUUUUGCCUGAAGCCGAACACGGUAUGUACAACGAAGACUACCCCUGCAGAAUCUUCGCUUCUUCCAAGCAGUAG